AUGCAGUUGAAAUUGGCACACUUGGAGAACCGGAGGAAGUCCAAGGGCAAGCGCUCGAAGCCGAAUGGCCAGGUCGAUGAACAUGCUGCUCAGCAGUUGGGGGUUGGCCUCAGCACUGUGCGUCGGAAGUAUGCAAUGCUCAACAAGCUGUUGCAAGAGCACGGCAUAGAUGGCCUUAAGACACUUUCUGUUGAGAACCGCCGUGGGAAGGCGACACAGCUGCCGACACGUGUGCCCACGACAAAACGUGUGCUCAGGCAGGUUCGCGAUCACGUGCGCAUGCAGAGAGAAGGUGGACACCGCAUCACGGCCGUACAGGUGCUUGACUUCCUACGCAAGCACAGGCAUGUGGACGUACGACCUUCGUUUGCUGGCGAUGGUGACGACGAACUGGACAGGGCGGCGGCUCUGCGGGCAGUGCAGCGGUUUCUUCGUCGUGCGGGCUACCUUCGCGGCAACAAGCACGUUGUGUAUCUCGAUGAAUCAUACAUUGACAGGAACUACAACAGGAACAGAGACUCCCUGUAUGACCCCAACGACGGUCAAGACAUGCACAGUCAUCGCAAGAUCAAGCGGGGUCGGCGCUACUGCUUUGCCCUCGCAGUUCAGGGCCCGGAUCCGCGCGUGUGCACCGUCAGUGACCGCAACGACCGCGCCCUCGCCGGUCCUGUUCCAGGCACGAGCUGGAUCUUCGACCCUGGCAGCGCACUGCAGCGUGAGCGGCGACAACAACGACAACAACAACAACAACAACAACAACAACAACAACAACAACAACAACAACAACAACAACAACAACAACAACAACAACAACAACAACAACAACAACAACAACAACAACAACAACAACAACAACAACAACAACAACAGCAGCAGCAGCAGCAGCAGCAGCAGCAGCAGCAGCAGCAGCAGCAGCAGCAGCAGCAGCAAGCACCACCACCUCCUCCUCCGCCACCAUCAUCGUCACUUCAACCGCCACCGCCGCCAUCAUCAUCACCACCACCACCACCGGCGUGUCUGCCUCCAUUCCCCCUGCGAAUUCCUCAGACUGACGGUGCAGGCGAUGAGGAGCAGCCACAAGCAUCGCAGUCAUCAGCGCGCAAGUGCAGCCGCGCUGGCACCUGCGCUGGUGACGACGCUGCCGGCUGCCCGGUGACAGCGCUAAAUGAGGUGCACGUGCGCGUCAACGCGACGGCCUGCCUGUUUGAGUGGCUGCCGCUCGCCGGGAACGAUGCGGUCCUUGAGUAA